GUAAAUGUUGCGAGAGACCCUGAGCAAGCUCAACACUGUGGCAGAACACCGGAAGGGAGGGUUUUUAUAUCUCAACAGAAACUGAAAGUUGAAGAAUUGAAGAUUGUUCAGUUAGACUGAGAGGAGAGGCUCCACGGGGUUUUACAGAACAGGCUGUGGGUGAAACGAUAAGCGGCAGAUUAGAGCAGCUAUGGAGUUUAUUUUACUGCUGACCUGCUUUCUGGUGUUUAGUGGAACAACUGUUGUUGAUGGAAACGGUGUUGCCAAGGUUACCACCAAAGAAGAUGACAAUGUCAUCCUACCUUGUUAUUUGGGCACAACACUUACAGAUAAGAGCAUUGAAUGGAUAAAAGAUAACAAGGAAAUAUAUAUUGUGCAAAAUGGCCGCGUUACAAGACAAGAUCAGCAGUUUAGAGAUCGGGUCUCUCAUUUUCCAGAUGAGCUAAAGUCCGGAAAUGCCUCGAUAAAAAUCAAUAAAGCAGAAGUGUCAGAUAGUGGAAGUUACGACUGCAAGUAUAGUAACCCAGGAGGAAUUCUUCCAGCAGGACUUAACAAGAUUGUGCUUACUGUUGAAAAGAUCUUAAAGGACAGAUCAGGAGAAGAUCCAUCUGGUGAGUCAUGUUUCUAA